AAACAUUUGUGCCGAUUAGUUGAGCGCGUAAGAUCAGCAUGAAACUCCUGUUGGUUCUUCCAUUCUUGGUGGCUGCCGUCUCGGCACAGUUCGGAGGAUUUGGAGGCGGUGGUAGAUUUGGAGGCGGAGCUGGACUUGGAGGUGGUCUUGGUGGUGGACUUGGAGGUGGUCUAGGAGGUAUCAGGGAUGGCCUGGCCAAUGCGGCGGGUGCCGUUCAAGGAGCUGUCGGCCGCAUUGCCAGUGUUGUUCCACCUGUGCCCUUGUUGAAUAAUGUCCAGAGCUUCGGUGAUUUUGUGGCUCAAACCGGCAAGACCUAUGCUUCCGCCGCUGAGCAGCAGUUGCGUGAGACAGCUUUUAGUGCCAGUAAGAGCUUGGUGGAUGCCGGAAACGCGGCUUUCGCGUCUGGAGCCUCCACUUUCAAGUUGGCUGUGAAUGCCUUCUCCGAUCUGACCCACUCUGAAUUCCUGUCCCAGCUGACGGGUCGCAAGAGAUCCGCUCAGGGAGAUGCCCAAGCUGCUGCCAGCAAACAGCCACCCAGUGUUCCAGCUGUCCCAGUUCCCGAAUCGUUCGAUUGGCGCCAACACGGUGCUGUCACUCCCGUUAAGACCCAAGGAACAUGCGGAUCCUGCUGGGCUUUUGCCACCACCGGUACCAUCGAGGGACACGUUGCCCGCGCCACUGGCAAACUCCCUAUUCUGUCUGAGCAAAAUCUGGUCGACUGCGGACCUCUGGAUAUGGCUCUGGCUGGCUGCGACGGUGGUUAUCAAGGAUAUGCCAUGGCCUUCAUUCAUGAGCUGCAGAAGGGUGUGUCGAAUGCUGAUAGCUAUGCUUACCUUGAUAAGCAGGACACCUGCAAGUACAAUCCCAGCACUUCCGCAGCCCAGAUCAAGGGAUGGGUCGAAAUUCCUGUGGGAGACGAGGAGUUGCUGAAAAAGGUGGUCGGCACUUUGGGUCCAGUAGCAUGUUCAUUGUAUGGAACUGAGACCCUGUUGAACUACGACAGCGGCAUAUACUCCGACGAAGAGUGCAACGGCGAGGAUCCAAACCAUUCCGUCUUAGUUGUGGGAUACGGAUCAGAGAAUGGCCAAGAUUAUUGGAUCGUCAAGAAUUCGUGGUCAGCAGCCUGGGGCGAGGAAGGAUACUUCCGGCUGAUCCGUGGCAGGAACUUCUGCAACAUUGCUGCAGAGUGUGCCUACCCAGUGGUUUAAGUUAAAAGAUCUUUUGUGAUUAAAUAAACCUGAAACUAAAGUAAUUAAAAACCA